CUUUAUUCCUAACGUCAUUCGCUUACUGUCCAUAUAUUUGAGCAAUGUUCGUUCGUUUUUAUGAUGAACUCCAUAACCGUACACUGUGUGGACCUGUGAUGACCGGUGAAGUUACUGCUGGUUGGAUUUUGAGCAAAAAAUUCUCUUGUAAACUGGAAUUGGGAGACGAGCGGCUUCAACAAAAAAAUCAGGAGGAUCUGAAAAAUACCUGGGACGUGUUUAACGAACUUGAUGAAAAUGAAGACGGAAUCAUAUCGCAAUCUGAGUUUCGUGAAGCAAUGACUGCAAGAUUGCUGGACAACGAAUCCGGUCAAUUAGUUGCUUCUCAUUUAUUGGACUCCAACAACGAAGAAGAUGUAUUGGCCCUUCUUGAUGUCGUUACUGAGCAACACGAACAAGACUUGGAACAAAGCAGAGAUCUUGACGAUCUUAUGAAGCAGGAAUUCCAGGAAACUCGAUGCUGAUAACGACGGAAUG